GCAGGGCAGGAGUCCUUCCGUUCCAUUACAAGGUCAUACUACAGAGGGGCAGCAGGGGCUUUAUUAGUGUAUGACAUUACAAGGAGGGACACUUUCAACCACUUGACAACUUGGUUAGAAGAUGCUCGUCAGCAUUCCAAUUCCAACAUGGUUAUAAUGCUUAUUGGAAAUAAAAGUGAUUUGGAAUCUAGACGAGAAGUCAAGAAAGAGGAAGGUGAAGCAUUUGCACGAGAGCAUGGGCUUAUCUUUAUGGAGACAUCUGCCAAAACUGCUUCCAAUGUAGAGGAGGUAACUUUGCUUAAUACUG